CGCUCUGAAUUUACGCGUCCGACAUCUGCAGACAUCCCGCGUCUCACCGGAUCAAGCCAUCGAUGGAGGCAGCGCUCUCAACGAGAACCGCGGAGCUCUUUUAGUUGCAGAUAUUUCCUGGUCUGCUGUGAGAUCUCCUCACAUUUGUUCAUGUAUAACAAAAUGUGGAACACAUGUCCAGUUCUAACUGAAGCCUCCGUAGAGAGCUGGGAAUCUUAAACGCCGGGCGAAGGGAAACCCGCAGCCGUCUUUUCCCCGUUUUCGCACAGAGCGGUUUGUAUAUGCAAAAGGUGGUUUACUUCAGGAAGUCAUGGAGGGACUCGUCUAAGGAGGACCCAACAUAAUCGUCCUUUUUCUCAACUACGCUCUGGUCUGGUUAAUUUAUUUUUACAUCUUCCUGGCAAGUCUUGCCUAUUUCCCUGCACACAAUGGCAGAGAAGGCAGGUCUGGGGGUUCCAAAACCAGGAGGCAGAUCCACGGCUUCGCUUCCACCUGAGCCUAUCGAGAUCAUCCGGAACAAGGCCCGUUACCGGAGGGUACGCAUCAAUGUCGGAGGCCUCAACCACGAGGUCCUAUGGCGGACCUUGGACCGGCUACCCCGAACCAGAUUAGGCAAACUCAGAGACUGUAAUACCCAUGAGUCUCUAAUGGAGGUUUGUGAUGACUACUGCUUAAACGAGAACGAAUACUUCUUUGACCGACACCCGGGCGCAUUCACGUCCAUCUUGAAUUUUUAUAGAACUGGAAAACUACAUAUGAUGGAGGAAAUGUGCGCUCUGUCCUUUGGGCAAGAGCUUGAUUACUGGGGCAUUGAUGAGAUCUACCUGGAGUCGUGCUGCCAGGCACGCUACCACCAGAAGAAAGAGCAGAUGAACGAGGAGUUGAGGAGAGAGGCAGAGACUCUGAGAGAGAGGGAGGGCGAGGGGGAAUUUGAUAACACCUGCUGCCCAGACAAGAGGAAGAAACUUUGGGACCUCUUGGAGAAACCAAGUUCUUCGGUCGCUGCUAAGAUACUGGCCAUCUUAUCCAUCCUGUUCAUCGUACUUUCAACAGUUGCACUGUCCCUGAACACCUUACCUGAACUCCAAGUAAUAGACGAAUUUGACCAAGCCAAUGACAAUCCUCAACUUGCUCACGUUGAAGCUGUGUGUAUCGCAUGGUUUACAAUGGAGUAUCUCUUGCGCUUCCUGUCAUCACCAAACAAGUGGAAAUUCUUUAAAGGGCCACUAAAUGUCAUUGACUUGUUAGCCAUUUUACCCUACUACGUCACUAUAUUUCUGACCGAAUCCAACAAAAGUGUGCUGCAGUUCCAAAAUGUGAGGAGGGUGGUGCAGAUAUUCCGCAUCAUGAGAAUAUUGAGGAUUCUGAAAUUAGCGAGACAUUCAACUGGACUGCAGUCCCUUGGAUUCACACUCAGGCGCAGUUACAAUGAGCUUGGCUUACUCAUAUUGUUCUUAGCCAUGGGAAUUAUGAUAUUCUCAAGUCUGGUAUUCUUUGCAGAGAAGGAUGAGGAUGCAACAAAAUUUACCAGCAUCCCAGCUUCAUUUUGGUGGGCUACAAUCACUAUGACAACUGUAGGCUAUGGAGAUAUUUACCCACAGACUUUGCUUGGCAAAAUAGUUGGUGGACUUUGCUGCAUUGCUGGUGUGCUGGUCAUUGCCUUACCCAUCCCUAUUAUUGUGAACAACUUCUCAGAGUUCUACAAGGAGCAGAAACGACAGGAGAAAGCCAUCAAGAGAAGAGAGGCCUUAGAACGAGCAAAGAGAAAUGGCAGUAUCGUGUCUAUGAAUCUUAAAGAUGCCUUUGCACGAAGUAUGGAGCUCAUGGAUGUCAUUGUAGACAAAAGUGAUGAUAAACAGCCAAUGGAUAACCACCUAUCUCCAAGCCGGUGGGGUAUUCCAAAGCGCACAUCCUCAGAUACCAGCCUAAGAUCCUUUGACAAAAAGUUGCCUAACAGCAGCCCGCACAGAUCACAAGAAUAUGUUAGAACACCGAGUCCUCAGCGCCUGAACGCUCAGAAACUGGAAGAAAUGUAUAACCAGAUGACAAAGACGCAGUCCUUCUCUGAUCUCAGUGCAACCGCUGCCUCAGCUGUGUCAAAACAUGAGGUAGAGUUUGAGAUGAAGGAAGACCCACCUGCCACAGAACAACAACCCAGGGAAAGACCCGUCACUGAUGUGAGAAGCAUAUCAAGUGUUGACAGCUUUGCAAGCUGCACUGCUGAAUUUGGACAGGGUGAGAAGGCAUCCACCCCUUCUUAUACAGCAGAGCAGGUUCAGCAAAAGCAACCUAAAUCACCUCCACGCCUUCAUCUUGGCCAACUGACACCUUCUGACUUGAGUCCAGAGGAGAACACAGAAGGGACUGGCCCAUUUAAGCAUGGCCCUGUCAAUCCAGAUGGAGAGAAUUUUAACGAGGUUGUGGAGAACAUCAGAAGCUCCAUUCGUGGCACAAAUUCAGUCAAGAUAAAAGGUCUCAAAGUCAACUUUAUAGAAACACCAGAAGAUGCUCCUCCGACGCCACCCUACACCUCUUCCCCACAGGAUAUAAACAACAGUCUUCUGGAAGACGACUCCCCAGAGGUAGAGUGCUCUCCUCUCUGUUCAGAUUCAGAGCCACUGGCUAGUAUCCCAAAGAAAGGCUUAGUCCUUUCUCCAAAGAUACUGGCUGGUGAAUACCUUCCUGGGGAGAUGGCAUUGCUUCUGGGGGUGCUGGAGGAACAAGAGUAUUACGAGGAAAAUAAUCCAAAGGAAGUGGCUUCUGCAGCCAUCUCCUCGCCCAAACUAUCAGCACAGAACUGCACUCAGGGUGUAGUUGCUGAUAAUGGGGAGGAGAAGCCAGACACUAGCCAAAGUGAACACAAGGUAGAGAACCACAUGUUUACACCAGAGAUCCAUCUGAUGCCAGGGGAUGGUAAUCUUUCCCCAUCCUGUGAAACUAGUAUGUGACUGUGGGCUGACAUUCUGACUGAAGCUAUAAGCACACUGGAGGAAAAAAAGGCACACAGAUGUGAGCUGAGAGAUGUUUCUGCAUGGCAUGAAAAGUCCCUUGUAAUUGUGUCAUUGUCAAUAAUAAAAAAAUGAAUGAGACUGCACUUCUUGCAGACAAGACCUGGAUGAUGCGGAUGCAAAAAAAUGGCUUGUUUAGAAUGUACAGUAUCUACCCAACGGUGAGGACAUUGUUGACCUAACUGUACAUUGUACUUUUUCACUCGUUAUAUUUUACAGACAGUCAGAAACGUAGGGGGACAGAUCUUCAAAAGCAUGCAUGUUAACAACGCUGUUUUACGGUGCUUAGUUUGCUGAGAGCACUCCACGGUAAAUACAGAGACUACUGCAAUGACAAUGCACAUAGCCACAGAGAGCAUAGUGGAUGUCAAAAGGUUUUCUGAUUUUUUUUAUUUAUUUAUUUUUAUUUUAAAGAGGGAUUUAUCAUCAAAGACUGUGAAGUAAAGUAGCGACGUAUUGAAACAUAUCAUGACUUUCUGUAGAAAUGCAAUGUGUACCUAAUGCAGAUAUGUUUUUUUGUUAAGAUAUAGGAAUAGCCUAUAAUGUCACCAAAAUAUAUUUUCAGAAUUCUUGGGAGGGUCGGUACCCCAAUUAACACCAUUAAUUGAAAUCUUAGAUUUAAUGACCAGACGUUUAGAUUUUUAUUGAUGGAUUGCACCGCUUUUAUUCUUGAAAUUCAAUGUUGCAUAUAUACAUGUAGUUGCCAAAUAGAUAACGGAUGAGAAUAGAUCCUACACAGGAAAUCAGAAAUCAAAUUCUAUACUGUAGCUGUAAAAUGCAAAUUAUAUAUUGCAAAACUAUUAUGAUAAUGUUAGAUUUGAACCAUCAAGAUAAAAGUUACAUGGCCUGCUUUUAAAGUUAUAUCAUAAAAAAAGAUGGGUACAUCAUGUAUGUAUGUCUUAUCUUUACAUAAACAAUGGCACAAUAAACAAUACAUUAAUGAAAAACCAGUAGAUUUCACAUAGGGGUUUUAAAUUACCACCAAGUAAUUUGACCAUCAAGCACAUAGUUCGGGUCAUUAAAACUUAAAUAUGAUGUUCAUAUACGGUAUUUUUUUUUAAAACUCAAAACACCCAAUCAUCUUAGUAAUAUUUUACUUGUCAAAAGGACCAAAGCACAUGCUAUGUUUUCAUUUAAACACACAUUACACUUUUUUUCAUUUUGGGAGAGUACAGUAGUGUAAAUGCCACCGCAGUUUUAAUUUUUCACAUGAGUUGCUUCAUUAUUAUCCAUGUUUCACCAAAUCUGUAUCAUUCAUAUGCUUGACCUUUUAUUAAUUUCUUAACAGAAACUCAAUAUUGUCCAGUUCUACUGAAUAUUUCAUAUUUAUUUUAUUUUCAGACUGAGUUUUGUAUUAUCAUCAGGACUAAAGCCCGAUAAGUUUUUUUUUUUUUCCUGUCACUAGAGAGAAUAUCUGUUUUAUGUUGCCUUUAUUCCAAGAUUGCUGGAAAUGUCAUGUAUAUUACUUGCUUUGUAAUGGCAGUUGGCUAAAUGUUCAAAAUGUACAUUAUGACAAUUGAUCACACAAUCUGAAUGCGCUGAAUGAGGAUUGUAAAAGACAGAGGAAGAACUCAUAAUUUAGCUGGCUCACAUGGUUACGCUAUGGUGGGAAGUGCAAUACAGCAUACUGCAAUCUAUGCAGGCCAAUAUUUGUGGCACUUUAUUUACAGUCUAAUGGAUUUGUAAGUGUACAGGCAGAGACUACAAUUGUAUUUUUCAGAUGAUAUAUCUUUAAUAUUUGAAAUAUCAGUGUUACCACUCAAAAAGGAUAAUUUCACAUUUUACAAAAAUAUCAUGUGACCGUAGGAGUCACUCCAGUUAUACGUCAGUACUCUUCAAAUAAAGAUUUUAUUGACAAUUUGGAGCAUGAGGGCCUUUUAUAAAUGUCUACAAAAAGAUUUGUUGUCAAUUUGAAAAACUCAAUUAUUUAAUGGGCUCAUAUAAAGUAUUUUAUGUUUUAUAAAUUGAUGCUGACAGUUUUUUCUACACCAAAAUUCUGCACAACCACAAUUUCCUUCCAUAUGGUGGUUGAAAUUAUGCUUGCCUCUUCAUACACACUUAUUUAUGAGAAGGCUGCAAAUCAUUUGGCUUUGUUCAUAUAGCACUGUACAGAAAAAUUCUACUUUUUAUAUGGGGGGGUCAGGUCUUUAAGUAAUAGAUAUGCGUAAUAUUAAGUUCUCAGGUUUUCUAUGACACAAAUUUUCUGAUAUGGUGAAUGUCUCUGUUUUCUUCGUUUAAAGAAAGCAUCAUCUUGUUUCUUUCGUUUUUGUUGUUGUAAUUGUUUUUAAAUAAUGUGUCAUCACAUGCCUGUUUUGACAGACAGGGAAACGAUGGCCCAUCUCACGUGUUUCCAUGAGACAGUCAGCUUCCCUGGUGUGCUUUAUAUCGAGAGUGCAGUCAUCAAUGGAAGGAAUAAUUCAACCAAUUGUGUGCCUGGCCAGCACUGCCUAUAGGCACUUUUGAAACAGUAAAUAGAUGGGCUUUGUUUUCAGCCUAAGAACAAGAGUGAUUUUUCAACAUUUUAAAGCAGUUACACAUUUCUGUUGUUCCUCAGUACCACAUACACAUCAACAACUCUCUAAAGGCGUCAUAUCAUGAGGAAUUAAUUUUUCCUUUAUCUCUUUAGAUCAUUUAAACUGUACUAUGAAAACAUACUGUAACUUUUAAAACUCACAAUUUCCUCACUGGUCCAAAAAGCCAUUUAUUGAAACUAAGCUGCUAAAACUGAAAUACUUGCUGACCACCCACAUUGUCAUGAAAAAUGUAAUCAUGACAUUAUAAUAUUAUAAGUGGACCCAAGGGCGUAGAUUUGGCUUGAACAUUGGGGGGGUUACAGUAUGAAGAAUUUACAUGUUUCCAUUGAUCAUGGUAUAAAUAAAUACUGGGGGGGGGGUGUUGUACUUGCUUAUUUUGACUAUUGGGGGAGGGGGGGUUACGUUGGAUCAUAAUUUAUUUUUUCUAGUAAGACCUUUGAUAUUAGGGCAAAAAUCGUAUUCUUGAUAAUAAUUUUUGUAUUGUUUUCCUGUAAAAAUAUCUAAAAAUCCUUAAAACAUUUGAUUGAUUGAUCUUGUUUUAGAAACAACACUGCAUAAGAUAUUUAGGUUUUUCAGAGAAUGUAUUUUUAACAUGUGUAUUUUGUCUUACUGUACUGACAGAGUUUUUAUAGUCAAAACAAGUGAAAAAAUCUACCAGUGCUGAAGAAGUAAUCCAAAGUAUUUAGAAUACGUUACUGACCUUGAGUAAUCUAACGGAAUAUGUUACAAAUUACAUUUUACAGCAUGUAUUCUGUAAUCUGUAGUGGAAUACAUUUCAAAAGUAGCCCUCCCAACCCUGCGGAAUCUACGCCCCUGAGUGGACCUCAGGGAGAAAAUUAAGAAAAAGUAUGAUAUGACCUCUUUAAGGACAUCAGAUGCCCUAAGCACAAGCAAGUUGAAAUGCUUUCUAUACAUCAUAUCAUGCUAGCUCAUAUAUAUGCUUAGAAAUAUAAUUUUUGAACCCUCAUCAUAUGAACUGUUCACAAGAAGUUAUUUAUGAUUAUAUUUAACUUAUUUUUGUUUGCUGGUAUCCGAUCCCCCCCCCCCCCCACCCCUCCAAUUAUAGGUCUCAGUUGUUUUCUCUGUCAGACUCUUGUGUGCAUUGUGGCAUUUCAAAAUUACAGAUAAAAUAUUGCACAAACAAACGGUUUACACUUUGAUAGACCAUUUAGCACCUGUUGAAUAAAGGUACUGUUAAACAUGACUCUUGCAUUAUUCUUAUCACCAGGCAAUCAAUUGCUUUUUUAUUUGUAGCAUGUCAUCAUAUGACUACAAAAGCAUCUCCCAUUGCCUUUUAUGGGAGCAGUAGAUGCAAAGUGAUUUGGGUCUGUGUGACUUUGUUCAUUCAGGAUGGUGUUUGUAAAUGCUAAAAUAAACUCUGUGAGCUAACAGCUGAUGGACGACUGUGAACAAGCAUGUUUCUCAUCACAUGAUCUUUUGUGAUACAUGUUCAUGGCAAGUGUGUGGUUUUAUUUUAUUGUUUGAAAGCGAGGUUAUUAUUUAACUGUGAAUGUGUCAUCCAUGUGGCAUAGCCUGUUCUCCCAUGCAUAAUUGUGACAUUGUAUUUUCUCCUCUCAUGUCUUCUGCCUCAUUUAUUGUUUUUGUUCGUUUAAACGAUGUUAUCUUGCACCUCAAAGUCCGUAGACACAUUUAAGCUGCAGACUGUUUCUGCACAUAUCAGCAUCUUUGAAUGCAUGUAGUAGCCUGUACAAUUAUGUGAUCACAGAACACUCUGUCAUACAUGUAUGUCAACAUUUCUGUAAAAUAAACCACGUUGUCUAUGUUAAGUCUACUAGCAUAUA